AUGGCAUGUGCAGCCUUAGAGCACAAUCCUAAUAAUGUCUACUCAGAGGUGCUGCCUCUUUCUGUGUGCAAUGAUUACUGCUAUCCUGGCUCCAGCAGGAAAAAGAAGGAAGGAGAGAAAUUCUGCUGUUAUGAUUGUGUUCCAUGUCCAGAAGGGAUGAUCACUGGCCAAAAAGAUAUGGAUAACUGUUUCAGUUGUCCAGAAGAUCAGUACCCCAAUAGGGACCAAACACAAUGCAUUCUCAAGGUUGUAAGCUACCUCUCUCAUAAAGAAUAUUUAGGAAUCACCUUAGUUACGUUGGCUAUUUCUUUCUCUUUAAUCACAGCUGUAGUCCUUGGAAUGUUUAUGAAGCACAAGGACACUCCCAUUGUCAAAGCCAACAACCGAACCCUCACCUACAUCCUCCUUAUCUCUCUUCUCCUUUGUUUUCUCUGCUCCUUACUCUUCAUUGGACAGCCUGAAAAGGUGACCUGCCUCAUCCGACAAAUGGCUUUUGGCAUUGUUUUUUCUGUGGCCCUUUCCUCUGUGUUGGCAAAGACCAUUACUGUGGUCCUGGCAUUCAUGGCAACCAAACCAGGAUCCAGCAUGAGGAAAUGGCUUGGAAAAGGAUUGGCAAAUUCCAUUGUCCUUUCCUGCUCCUUUAUUCAAGCUGGCAUUUGCACUAUUUGGUUAAGCACUUCCCCUCCAUUCCCAGAUAUAGACAUGCAUUUAGUGAGUGGGGAAAUGAUCCUGGAAUGCAAUGAGGGUUCAGCUAUCAUGUUUUACUGUGUCUUGGGCUAUAUGGGCUCUCUGGCCACUGUCAGCUUCAUAGUGGCUUUCCUCUCCAGGACAUUACCUGACAGUUUCAAUGAGGCCAAAUUUAUCACUUUCAGCAUGUUGGUGUUUUGUAGUGUUUGGUUGUCCUUUGUUCCAACCUACCUGAGCACCAAAGGGAAAUACAUGGUAGCUGUGGAGAUCUUCUCCAUCUUAUGCUCCAGUGCUGGAUUACUUGGUUGCAUAUUUUUCCCAAAAUGCUACAUUAUCAUGCUGAAGCCUGAGUUGAACAACCGGGAACAACUAAUCAGCAGAAAAAGUGAAAGAAUCUAA